AUGCUCAAAAGGAAGCAGAGCUCCAGGGUGGAGGCCCAGCCGGUUACUGACUUUGGUCCCGAUGAAUCUCUGUCAGACAACGCUGACAUACUCUGGAUUAACAAGCCAUGGGUCCACUCUUUGCUGCGCAUCUGUGCCAUCAUCAGCGUCAUUUCCGUCUGUAUGAACACGCCCAUGACCUUCGAACACUACCCUCCUCUUCAGUACGUGACGUUUACUCUGGAUACUUUGCUGAUGUUUCUCUACACAGCAGAGAUGAUAGCAAAAAUGCACAUCCGGGGUAUUGUCAAGGGGGAUAGUUCCUAUGUGAAAGAUCGCUGGUGUGUUUUUGAUGGAUUUAUGGUCUUCUGCCUUUGGGUUUCAUUGGUGUUACAGGUAUUUGAAAUUGCUGAUAUAGUUGACCAGAUGUCACCUUGGGGCAUGUUACGGAUCCCACGGCCACUAAUUAUGAUUCGGGCAUUCCGGAUUUAUUUCCGAUUUGAGCUACCAAGGACCAGAAUUACAAACAUUUUAAAGCGAUCGGGAGAACAAAUAUGGAGCGUUUCAAUUUUCCUACUUUUCUUUCUGCUGCUUUAUGGAAUUUUAGGAGUUCAGAUGUUUGGAACAUUUACCUAUCACUGUGUAGUAAAUGACACGAAACCAGGAAAUGUAACCUGGAAUAGCUUAGCUAUCCCAGAUACGCACUGCUCACCAGAGCUGGAGGAAGGCUACCAGUGCCCCCCAGGAUUUAAAUGCAUGGACCUUGAAGACCUGGGACUUAGCAGGCAAGAGCUGGGCUACAGUGGCUUUAAUGAGAUAGGAACCAGCAUAUUCACGGUGUACGAGGCUGCGUCCCAGGAAGGCUGGGUGUUCCUCAUGUACAGAGCAAUUGACAGCUUCCCCCGCUGGAGGUCCUACUUCUACUUCAUCACGCUCAUCUUCUUCCUGGCCUGGCUUGUGAAGAAUGUAUUUAUCGCUGUCAUCAUCGAAACAUUUGCAGAAAUCAGGGUACAGUUUCAACAGAUGUGGGGAUCGAGAAGCAGUACUACGUCAACGGCCACCACACAGAUGUUUCAUGAAGAUGCCGCCGGUGGAUGGCAGCUGGUAGCUGUGGAUGUCAACAAGCCCCAGGGACGCGCCCCAGCCUGCCUCCAGCAAAUGAUGCGGUCGUCAGUGUUCCACAUGUUCAUUCUGAGCAUGGUGACUGUGGAUGUGAUAGUAGCCGCGAGCAACUACCACAAAGGAGAGAGCUUCAGACGGCAGUAUGACGAGUUCUACCUCGCAGAGGUGGCUUUUACAGUACUUUUUGAUUUGGAAGCACUUCUGAAGAUAUGGUGUUUGGGAUUUACUGGAUAUAUUAGCUCAUCUCUCCACAAAUUUGAACUACUACUCGUAAUUGGAACUACUCUUCAUGUAUAUCCAGAUCUUUAUCAUUCUCAGUUCACAUACUUUCAGGUUCUUCGGGUAGUUCGACUUAUUAAGAUUUCACCAGCGUUAGAAGACUUUGUGUACAAGAUAUUUGGUCCUGGAAAAAAGCUUGGGAGUUUGGUUGUAUUUACUGCCAGCCUCUUGAUUGUUAUGUCAGCAAUUAGUCUGCAGAUGUUCUGCUUUGUCGAAGAACUGGACAGGUUUACAACGUUUCCAAGGGCAUUUAUGUCCAUGUUCCAGAUCCUCACCCAGGAAGGAUGGGUAGACGUGAUGGACCAAACCCUGAAUGCUGUGGGCCACAUGUGGGCACCUGUGGUGGCCAUCUAUUUCAUUCUGUACCAUCUCUUUGCCACUCUGAUCCUCCUGAGUUUGUUUGUUGCUGUUAUUUUGGACAACUUAGAACUUGAUGAAGAUCUAAAGAAGCUUAAACAAUUAAAGCAAAGUGAAGCGAAUGCGGACACCAAAGAAAAGCUCCCUUUGCGACUUCGAAUCUUCGAAAAAUUUCCAAACAGACCGCAAAUGGUGAAAAUCUCAAAGCUUCCUUCAGACUUUACAGUUCCUAAAAUCAGGGAAAGUUUCAUGAAGCAGUUCAUCGAUCGCCAGCAACAGGACACCUGCUGCCUCUUACGAAGCCUUCCGUCCACCUCUUCCUCAUCGUGUGAUCACUCCAAACGGUCUGCAAUUGAAGACAACAAAUACAUUGACCAAAAACUUCGCAAGUCUGUCUUCAGCAUAAGGGCAAGGAAUCUUCUAGAAAAGGAGACUGCAGUCACUAAAAUCUUAAGAGCCUGCACUCGACAGCGCAUGCUGAGCGGAUCAUUUGAGGGGCAGCCAGCAAAGGAAAGGUCAAUUCUCAGUGUGCAGCAUCAUAUCCGCCAAGAGCGCAGGUCACUGAGACACGGAUCCAAUAGCCAGAGGAUCAGCAGGGGGAAAUCUCUUGAAACCUUGACUCAAGAUCAUUCCAAUACAGUGAGAUAUAGAAACGCACAAAGAGAAGACAGUGAAAUCAAGAUGAUCCAGGAAAAAAAGGAACAAGCGGAAAUGAAAAGGAAAGUGCAGGAAGAGGAGCUGAGAGAGAAUCACCCAUACUUCGACAAGCCUCUGUUCAUCGUUGGACGGGAGCACAGGUUCAGAAACUUCUGCCGGGUGGUGGUCCGGGCACGCUUCAAUGCAUCUAAAACAGAUCCCGUCACAGGAGCUGUGAAAAAUACAAAGUACCAUCAACUUUAUGAUCUGCUGGGACUGGUGACUUACCUGGACUGGGUCAUGAUCAUCGUAACCAUCUGUUCCUGCAUUUCCAUGAUGUUUGAGUCCCCCUUUCGAAGAGUCAUGCACGCCCCGACUUUGCAGAUCGCCGAGUACGUGUUUGUGAUAUUCAUGAGCAUCGAGCUUAAUCUGAAGAUUAUGGCAGAUGGCCUAUUUUUCACUCCAACUGCUGUCAUCCGGGACUUUGGUGGAGUCAUGGACAUAUUUAUAUAUCUUGUGAGCUUGAUAUUUCUUUGUUGGAUGCCUCAAAAUGUGCCUGCUGAAUCGGGAGCUCAGCUUUUAAUGGUUCUUCGGUGCCUGAGACCUCUGCGGAUAUUCAAACUGGUGCCCCAAAUGAGGAAAGUUGUUCGAGAACUUUUCAGCGGCUUCAAGGAAAUUUUCUUGGUCUCCAUUCUUUUGUUGACAUUAAUGCUUGUUUUUGCAAGCUUUGGAGUUCAGCUUUUUGCGGGAAAACUGGCCAAGUGCAAUGAUCCUAACAUUAUUAGGAGGGAAGAUUGUAACGGCAUAUUCAGAAUUAAUGUAAGUGUGUCCAAGAACUUAAAUUUAAAAUUAAGACCUGGAGAGAAAAAGCCUGGAUUUUGGGUGCCCCGUGUUUGGGCAAAUCCUCGGAAUUUUAAUUUUGACAAUGUGGGAAAUGCUAUGCUGGCAUUGUUUGAAGUGCUCUCCCUGAAAGGCUGGGUAGAAGUGAGGGAUGUUAUUAUUCAUCGUGUGGGGCCGAUGCAUGGGAUCUAUAUUCAUGUUUUUGUAUUCCUGGGUUGCAUGAUUGGACUGACCCUUUUUGUUGGCGUGGUUAUUGCUAAUUUCAAUGAAAACAAGGGGACAGCUCUGCUGACUGUAGAUCAGAGAAGAUGGGAAGAUCUGAAGAGCCGACUGAAGAUAGCACAGCCUCUUCAUCUCCCACCUCGCCCGGAUAAUGAUGGUUUUAGAGCUAAGAUGUAUGACAUAACCCAGCAUCCAUUCUUUAAGAGGACAAUUGCAUUGCUUGUCCUGGCCCAGUCGGUGCUGCUGUCUGUCAAGUGGGACGUGGAGGACCCAGUGACCGUUCCUUUAGCAACAAUGUCGGUUGUUUUCACCUUCAUCUUCGUUCUAGAGGUUACGAUGAAGAUCAUAGCAAUGUCACCUGCCGGCUUCUGGCAAAGCAGAAGAAACCGAUAUGACCUGCUGGUGACAUCACUUGGUGUGGUCUGGGUGGUACUUCACUUUGCCCUCCUGAACGCAUAUACCUACAUGAUGGGUGCCUGCGUGAUUGUCUUCCGGUUUUUCUCUAUCUGUGGAAAGCAUGUAACGCUGAAGAUGCUCCUCCUGACUGUAGUCGUCAGCAUGUAUAAAAGCUUCUUCAUCAUAGUAGGGAUGUUCCUAUUGCUCUUAUGUUAUGCUUUUGCUGGAGUUGUUUUAUUUGGUACUGUGAAAUAUGGAGAGAAUAUUAACAGGCAUGCCAACUUUUCUUCAGCGGGGAAAGCCAUCACUGUACUAUUCCGAAUCGUCACAGGCGAAGACUGGAAUAAGAUUAUGCAUGACUGUAUGGUCCAGCCUCCCUUUUGCACUCCAGAUGAAUUCACAUACUGGGCAACCGACUGCGGAAAUUAUGCUGGGGCACUUAUGUAUUUCUGUUCAUUUUAUGUCAUCAUUGCCUACAUCAUGCUAAAUCUGCUUGUAGCCAUCAUUGUGGAGAAUUUCUCCUUGUUUUAUUCCACGGAGGAGGACCAGCUUCUAAGUUACAACGAUCUUCGCCACUUUCAAAUCAUAUGGAAUAUGGUGGAUGAUAAACGAGAGGGGGUGAUUCCGACUUUCCGGGUAAAGUUCCUGCUGAGGCUGCUGCGGGGGAGGCUGGAGGUGGAUCUGGACAAAGACAAGCUCCUGUUUAAGCACAUGUGCUACGAAAUGGAGAGGCUGCAUAAUGGUGGUGACGUCACUUUCCACGACGUCCUCAGCAUGCUGUCCUACCGGUCGGUCGACAUCCGGAAGAGUCUGCAGCUGGAAGAGCUGCUGGCGAGGGAGCAGCUGGAGUACACUAUCGAGGAGGAGGUGGCCAAGCAGACCAUCCGCAUGUGGCUGAAAAAGUGCUUAAAGCGCAUCCGAGCUAAACAACAGCAGUCCUGCAGCAUCAUCCACAGCCUGAGAGAGAGCCAACAGCAGGAGCUGAGCCGGUUCCUGAAUCCCCCCAGUAUCGAGACCACCCAGCCCAGUGAGGACAUGAACGCUAACAGUCAGGAUAAUAAUAUGCAACCUGAGACCAGCAGCCAGCAGCAGCUCCUGAGCCCUACGCUGUCGGACAGAGGGGGAAGCCGGCAGGACGCCACAGACCCCGGGAAACCCCAAAGGAAGUUCGGGCAGUGGCGGCUGCCCUCAGCACCCAAACCAAUAAGCCACUCAGUGUCUUCGGUCAACUUACGAUUUGCAGGGCGCACAACAAUGAAGUCUGUUGUGUGCAAAAUGAACCCCAUGACCGACACGGCGUCGUGCGGUUCCGAGGUUAAGAAAUGGUGGACCCGGCAGCUGACGGUGGAGAGUGACGAAAGUGGCGAUGACCUUCUGGAUAUUUAGGUGGACGCAGCGCCGAGCAGGGUCUCAUGGGGAACACUGUUUUCUGACACUGUCCUCCUACGGUCUAACAUCUGCUGGUGAGCAGUCCGGACUGGAGACGUCAUUUAAUUCCACCUUGUCACGAGAUUUUUUUUUUUUUU